UUGAUAGCCCAGACGGUGCAAGUGUUAUUUUAAACGUCAAACUUCUAUGAGAUUAUGACGUUUAUAUAACACUUGUACCGUCUGGGCUAUCAAAAUCGCUGCCAACUUAGCUUGGUCUUACUCCACCUGCCAGCAUGAAAGUACACGACUUUUUUAUGUGCAUAGAUUUAGAUCACGCUAAGUUGGCAGUGGUUUUGACAGCCCAGACGGUGCAUGUGUUAUUUUAAAUUAUGAUGUUUAAAUAACACUUGUACCGUCAGGGCUAUCAAAAUCGCUGCUAACUUAGCUUGGUCUACCUAAUUCCACCUGCCUAUUUAAAAAUAAAAAUUAUCAGUAAGUAUUGGAUCUCUUUCAAAGAAAUCAGCCCUUAGCGGAUGUAGCUUGGCAUCAAUACUUUGUAGACAGGGUAAACUCGUCUAUAUUCAUGUCCGUCACAGGCCACCGAUACUCGACGUCUAUGGAAAACUUCGUAACUGCUGAGCAUCAAUACAACUUGUUUCAAUUAUUGUUCAAGAUAGGUAUAAUGGUAGGCGAUGUCACCAAAGAUACAUUAGUAGCUAAUAAGUUGGCAUACAUUAAUUUCGUGAUAUGGGGAUCAUUUCAGCCCGCAGACCAGCGAAGCAAUAUCACGAGUUGUUUAAAAAAUAAAGCAGAAUUGCGCCCAUGAAGGAUUGUUUUGUUUCGGAGUGGUGAUCGAACUUGACAAAUGGAUUAGCAUUGAUGAUAAGUUACUAAACAGUGCUUAAGAACCAAACAAAAUGAAAUAAAAACACGGGUAAUUAGCUAACUAAUGAACUAACAGCCCUUUACAAGUUUACAUCUAAAUUUAAAGGCUCUUUUAAUCUAUCAUAAACAAAAGAUUAACGCUACAAAUAAUCGUCAACGACCCCUUUAUCAUAAUGAGGGGUAAGCAAGGGAUUUAAUUUGAUAUGUUUGCCGGGAGAGGCGCGGGCGGGGCUGCAGAAGGCGGCCCGAGAUGUACAGGAUGCCCACUCGGCAUCGGCACUCGACGCCACGCUUGAUCCGCCGCGGGACGCCUCCCGCACGCCGCACAAGAUAACUCGCUGAUAACGCUUUCCCUAAGUGAAAAAUUUUCAAAACAGUGACCAUUGUUACAACCAACUAAAUUCAGACAAGCUGUGAGAAACUUCUUGGAUAGUUUUACUGAUAAAAGAAACUAUUCGAAAAUGUGUAUACUGAUAAAUUGUACCGUAUGGAAGUGUGAUAGUGAUUUAUGCACAGUGAAUUCUAGUGACUUUUUGGGUUUUUUGCAAAACUUUCGUGUCGUAUAAUUGGAUUUCCAGCAAGCUCGUCAACAUGGGGCAGCGGAAUCGACGGGAAAAGCAGAAAGGAAAGCGAGUGAGGGUGUCAAGGAGAAGUGAAAGGCUAGAUGGGGCACCUAAUGAACACGUACCGGCAGACCAGGCAACACAUGCAGCACCUCGCAUACCUGGGAGAUGUGGACCUCACUCGUGCGAAGAGGAGAAAGUCUGCGUGCCUGUCAAAGAUAGUCCAGAUCAACACUACUGCGUUAAAAGCAAACAGGGCAAAUGUGAGAGACAUUCUUGCGCUAAUGAAGAAGCUUGUGUGCCUGUACCGAAAACCAAUGGCACAACCCUACAUUAUUGCUUAUGUGUUAAUGGAGGUGAGCCGCCCAGUAAAGACUUCAAAUGCCCAAGGAAUACAGUGCCAGUAGUUCUGAAGCCAGUCCUGAACGUCCAGCCUCCAAGCAGCACUCGGAACAACUCAGACGGCGCGAGGUUCACCCUCUCGCCUACGGGAGAAGUGCCCAAUUCAUUGAUCAGUGACGUCCUGCCGGAUUCAGUGGGAACAGCGGGUACCGAAACAGGGGUGUAUAGUGGAGCCGUUAGCAACAAUUCAGCUCUGCUAGCUGCCAGUGCUAUUGUGGGGGCUCUCAUGCUAGUCAUCGUGUUCGCUCUGGUGGUCAUAUGCUACCUCCGAAGACGGAUAUGUGUUGUAGCAGGAAAAGGGCAACCGCGUGUGCGACCAGGAGAACCUCUGCUUGCUGAACGGUAUAUAACGAACCCGCAGUACGGAGUGUGCGGCGCAGGCACGGCAGCAGCCCCGGCACAGGCGACGCCCGCGGCGCUCCCGGCUGUCACCACGGACGUAACAGAUGACCAAGUUCCGCUGUUGGACAGGAACGCUCUAACCUUCCUUGAAGAGGUCGGCGAAGGGUGCUUCGGGAAAGUUCAUAAAGGAUUACUGCGUCUUGAAAAUGACGAGCAGGUGGUCGCUAUUAAAGUUCUAAAAAAGAGCGCUGGACGUAGUGCGGAAGAGGACUUUGUGAGAGAAGUUUCUAUUAUGUCUGCAUUCCGACAUUCGAAUAUUUUAAGCCUAAUUGGAGUGGUACACAGAGAAGACACCGACGCAAGCCCAUGGAUGGUGUUCGAAUACAUGGAAUGGGGAGACUUGGCCGGCGUGCUGCGCGGCUGCCGCGGCGGCGGGCGCGCUGGACCUGCGCUGGACGACGCCGCUCUGCUGCACGUGGCGUUACAAGUAGCUCGUGGCAUGGAGUACCUCGCUUCCCGCCGUUUCGUACAUCGUGAUCUCGCCGCCAGAAACUGCCUCGUUGGAGCUAAUCUCACUGUUAAAAUCGCUGACUUCGGAAUGUCACGCGACGUGUACACCUGCGACUACUAUAAAAUGGGUGGCGAACGGCCCAUGCCAGUGCGAUGGAUGUCCCCCGAAAGCAUAGUUUAUGCCAGGUUUACCCACGAGUCGGACGUGUGGUCCUACGGCGUAGUUCUCUGGGAGAUAUACAGCCGCGGCAAACAACCGUUCUACGGACAUACUAAUUUCGAUGCCUCAAAACUUAUUCUCCAAGGUAUUGUUCUAGUGCCACCGGAAAAUUGUCCACGUUUCGCGUGCGAACUAAUGCGCGGAUGCUGGAGGACGGAUCCCCGGGAUAGGAUAGGAUUCGAAGAGAUUUGUAGAAAAUUGGAGAUAGCUGCAUCGGCAGGUGGAGCGACACAGAUACGGCUGCCGCGACCGCCGCCGCCUCCGCAGGACUCGGCCGGUUACUUGAUCCCCGCGCCGCAGCCGCCAGUGGACUACUUGGCUACGAUUCCCGACCCCGAGUCGAGCGAGGAGGAGGAGGAUGAAGACGACGAGUACACGUGACGAGGCGCGGCGGCCGCCGCGAGCCCGGCGGAAGCCCGCCGCUCGGCGUCCGCGUCCCAGUACGUGCCGCGCACCUCGCCGCCCGCCGUGUCCGCGCUUACCUUUUCAUUUCUGCCCCAAACCACCGCUGCUCAUUUCGAAUGUUAAAACGGAAUAGCGUGAGACAAUGGACGUCUAGGAGACUCGAUGGAAUAAUACUCAAUUAUAAGUACCUAUAGUGUGAUAUUUCCAUAAUAAUUUGUAGCCAAAUUGUUCAUAAUAAUUAAGUAUAUAACGAACCGUGUUAAAUAAAGUUUUAAUAAGAAUCGCGAGAAAUGUGUGAUCUUAUUAGGACUUGCCGUGGGCUAGACCAAGAGACUAACUUUCCGAAAAACUCAAAAUUUCGGAAAUAAUUGUGUGUGUAUGGAUUAAGGCUUAGGCUUUAAAUUAUAAGAAAAGAAUUCUUAAGUGUGUGCCAUAUCUACAUAACUGACCAAUUACAUUUUACAUUUUAAUACAAUCUACAUUGUGUACAUUUCAAUGACCAAUAAUUACGGCUAGAUCUUCAUAUUGGCCAAAUACUUAGAAUAAAUAGUGUGUGAAUCCGAUACGGGCGAAUAUUUAAACAGUGGUAGUAUAGGACCUAAGAAGUAUAUUGAGAUAAGUUUUGCUUAGAAAUACAAUGAAAAUAUUAAGCAUAUAAAAUAAUUCCGCCGGCAAUGUAAAGUAACACUAAAGUUACAAGAUACGCGCUUUUUAAAGUAACUGUCAACGCUUGUUUUCGCUAUAUGCACGACUGUCACGCAACCUAGCGUCCGCAAGUCUAGGGGGAAACGUCAAUUCAUUAGGUAUAUCUUAUAAAACUACUCCAAAACUAAAAACUACUGAACGGAUUUUCAUACGACUUUCAUCUAUCAAUAGAGUGACUCUUGAGGAAGGUUUAGGUAUUUAACUUUUUAAGGUUUUGUGUAAAUUGGUUGAAAUAUAACGAUGUUGUCGGAAAAAAUCACGCUGGCUAGGAGCUUUAAUCGAAAAUGCUGCCAAAUCCGUUUGAGCUAUAACAACACAAUGUAUGGUGGGAUUGUCGCGGGUAUACUAUACCUACCCAUUCUGAACUUCUACAAAAAUAUCACAUAAUAAGUGGCAUUUGCAAAGCAUUUAUAUGGAUACAGUAUUAAUAAUUAUCAAAUAAAUAACGUUAGUUACAAUGCCGGAUUUAGAGGUCUGGAGGCCUCGGGCAAUAAAGGAGUGGAGGCCCCCUGGCCUCAAAUUAUUUUCCAAAUAAAAUGGUAAAUUUUCCGAAGUCUCUAUUGUGGGGGCCCCUCUUUUGUGGAGGCCCCGGGCUGUAGCCCCGGUUGCCCUCCCCAAAAUUCGGCCCUGGUUAGUUAUAUUAAGCAUUUCACACAGAUUACAAUGGUCCCUUACACUAUACAAUUUAAAUGAAUAUUUCAGGAGUAAUCGUAAAUUAAAGUUUCACUUCGAGCCAUAUAACUUGUACGAAAUGUUAAAGACGCUAUCCGCAGUUAGUUCUAAUUUUUACCACCUUAUGCGCUGGGAUCGCUUUACUUACCCCCACCAUGCACUUCGCACAGUACCAGUGCUGCUCGGUAAAUUUCCAAAAAUCAAUUACGGGAUCAUAAUUAAGUGUUACUUAAAAAACUUCUUAGUUAAUGAUUACACGGAUAAAUUCUAUUCUCUGGUUUAAUUUAUUGCUCGUAUUGGAUUUACACGCUGUAUAGAAAUAGAAAACUUUUGCAAAAAAUUACUCAUAGAUGAUAAUUGGCGAGAACGUACAGUUAUUAUUUUAAAAUAAUGAUGAUAUGAUAUUGCUAUAUAUACAGUCAUUUGAAAAAUAUACAAAUGGCAGUACAUAUUUUUGUAAAAAAAAACGUACCUAAACUUGAUGUUUGCUAAUAUAAUAUAUUUAAAAGAAAAGCAUCACAACUGUUAAAUAUGAAUGUGGUGUGGGUGGGUAUAUGUACAAUAUAUGUAAGAAAUUAAUGUUGUUUAUUUACACUAUUAUUGACCAAAUCAUUAGAUAGGUAACUGAAUUGUUCUUAUACUUAAAGUAAAGUAUAAGGUUUCUAAUUUAUUAGUCUUCAUGCAAUUUGUACAUAAUAAUGAAUAACUAUUAAAAGUCAUACCACAAACAUAAUGUUAAAAAUUAUAGUAUAAAUGUUUCAAUGUUCAUUGCUGUUGUAAUUCUUCUUAAAAAAUUGUUGUACACAACUAAGUAUUUGUACCAUUUUAUAAUGUCCUCACGGGUAUAGAGAUAGGUAAUUCUAAAUUUUCACUACUGUGACUACAAAACAAAAGUUGUAAGCAAAAGCUAAGCAAUUAUACUAAAAUGUCAGGGAUUUGGCUUAUAUUUUGAAAAAUAAGAUAAUACUAGUAGAUAUUAAAUUAACAUACCUACAUAAAAUAACAUAAAACAAAGGUAAAUUUCCUUGAAAUGAUCUGUUGAGUAACCAAAAAAAUAUAUAAAUAAGCUUGCCACUAGGUACAUGUGAUGGAAGUAUCAGUCAAUAUAUUUCACUUUAAUGCCUUAUUGCACAUGCUGUAUUAUUUUUUUUUUUUGCUAGGUUAAAAAAUCAAAUGAAACCAUCAUCAUGUAAAGUCUCAGCUAUAAAUAAGUAAGCAGAAAAUUCUAAUUUUGAAGGGUAUACACAAAUCCUAACAAUUAAAUAAUUGCACAAAUGCACCCUUUUUGGUUAAUAAAAGUGGUGUUUUCUAUUACUUUUGCAUGAAUAUUAAAUAAAUUUGUAUAGUCAAAUUAUUUAUCUACUCCCAGAGAUGAGUAAUCUGCCCUAACAUUGACAUAUCCCUUUAAAACUGGUCACUUAUUUACCAAAGUUUCUGUUGUGGGUUGUGACCAAAAUCAGAUGUUGCAACACUUGCAACUGCCUAAGUAAGAGCAGGUUAUUAUCCUACAUCAAUAUUAAAAUUCGAGCAUACCCAGACUAUUUUAGAGUGGAAUAUAUAUGCAUUGUAUAUAAUAUUUUUUUAUUAAAGCAUACAUAUUUUCACAAUAUAUUUAUAUUUGUUUUGUACUGAUUUAAACUUUCAUGAUUUAUUACACAUUUAUAAAUUAUAGAAACGGGACUUAAUUGCAUAUUGAUUUUUAACAUUACCACCAAUGUUUCGAGGAUGGCAUUGUCCUUGUGGUCUCAGAGGUAAAUUUUAAACUCAAGACACGAAUAAGUCCCGUUUCUAUCAUUUAAAAUAAUUUAUUUUAUUCUUGACAAACACACUAUUGUAAUGACAAUUAAUAAGAAUGAUCAUAGUAGGGUAUCUGUAAACAUUAUAUCCUCUAUUUUUUGUCACUGAUAUUAUACAUACUGCUCCUGGUUUGAAAUGAUGUUAACUCAAUAAGGUCUCAAAUAUCCAAGCUGACUUACCUGAUACGUAAAAAAUGUAGUCAAUAAUAAAUAUACAUAUACUAAUCAAAUGUCUGAAUAUUUUUACACCUACAUCAUUAUUAAGCCUCUGCAAGAAUUAUCAAAUACCUUACAAAAGUUAUAAACAUAUAAAGCAAUAA